GCGGCGACCGUAAUCGACUAAUGGCGACCAACCGCAGCGCGAAUAGAGUCAGCCGGGGGAUCUGGACGUCGCUCCGCGAUUCCUUUGGGUGCACCAAGGCGGUGCGUUCUUAUUUGGACCCGAGUAUACUUCUGCGUAGGCAUCAAAUAGGAGUGAAAGACUUAGCCGCUGGAGAUAUGUCCGUACCACCACCACCGCCAUUGCCACCACCAAUGUAUUUUUCUGGAGAAACAACUCAAGGUGGUCCAGACCCAUCACUGCUUACACCAAUGUUGCACAGUGGACACAUUCCAGCAUUUCGAAUAAAAACCACGGCUAAGGACAUGAAUGGUUGCGCGAAGGCAUAUAGCUUGUUGCAGAAGAAAAUGGCGUCAAAUGUUCUUAUCAAAAAUUACUAGCGCUUUUAGCGAAUUUGUGAUGUACUAUAAGUUUUCAUAUUAUUUUUCAAAUCCCGGGUUUUUUCAAAUAAAAUUGAUGAAUAAUAUUAAUUAUUGUUUAUUGAUAACUAGUACCGUUUACCGCAAAUAAAUGAGUAUUUAUGAUUUAGUGGACUUUUUGAUAGUAAUAAAGUAGUACAUAUUUAAA